AACAAAGUCUCAACAAAAUCAAAAUAAAUAAUUUAUUGUAAAUAUUGACUUUUAAUUUUCUCAAAUAGGUCUGAAAAUGUCCUCAAAAUGAAUGUAAAAAUCUAUCUCUCGUCCAAGCUGGUCGAGCACUGCACCUUCUGUCAGCUGUUUGGCGUAAUCGAAGUGCAACGGGACGAGAUUCGCUUCGUCGUUCUGGACAGCAAGCUUCUGCCGGGGACGUAUCUGAUUGGAGAGAUCUGCAGUGAGGCGGACUAUCGGCGCCUCCAUCAGGACAUCGGUCCCACUGGGUCCGGAGGAGGGCUCCCCCGGGACCUGCAAGGGGAAAACUUCCUGCGACUAUCGAUAUCAGAUCGCGGCCGUAUCCGGCAUGUCACUACCAAGGUAAAAGGCGUAACCAUCGAAACGCUGAACAAGGUGCUGAUUAUCUACGAUGAGCAAGGCUUCUCCAAUUUGGCCGAGAACCAGCAGCAACUGCAGCUGGAUGAAAACGAUAACGAUUUGCUGCAUCUGGCCCGGUUGAUCAAAUCGUCCAAGCCGCAAAAUAACUCGGCCCUGCGUGAUCUGCUGGGAUAUGCGAGCGAUUGUCGAAUGGCGAGCGUGCUCUGUCUAUUGAUGAAGCCUGUGAUGCUGAUUUUGAAGGUUUUUCUCCGAAAGACUGCAUUAUUUUAUCACUUCUCCGAGUGGUAUUCAAGUAUACGAAACAAGAGCAGUGAUGGUGUUAAAUGGGCACUCAUUUUCGAUAUAGGUCUUGGUCUGAUUGUCCUAUCGUUGGUUUUGUACUUUGGUAAUCCAGGAGUGCAUUUCAUGCAGUGUGCUGAAUUAGUCGUACACUAUCUGCGCGAGCUGUUACAGACCCUUCGUGGAAGCCCAAUUGGUUUGAAACUAAACGCUCCGCUAAACGAUUUCUUUCUGGAAUGUUUCUUGUACCUAGUGAAUCUCUGGUGGACAUUCCUGAUUAUAGUCUCGCCGGCGAUUCGCUUUCUAUUCAUUCCACUGUCGGUACUGGGUCUGUUUGGGCUUUCCUUCCAGCUGGCCAUGCUUUCCGACUUAAUAAUAUUGAUCAGCCUGCAUGCUCAUUGCUUCUACAUUUACGCGGCUGUCUUAUAUCGAAUCGAAAUCGGUGGAAUCCGUGCCCUAUGCCGGAUCGUCUUGGGCAGAAAAAAGAAUGUGCUUCGCGAUCGAGUCGAAUCGCACGAGUACAUGAAUAGGCAGCUGUUCCUGGCCACGUCCGCUUUUGCUAUGCUGUUAUUCCUGCUACCAACCAUCCUCGUGUACUACAUUGUCUUUGCAACGCUCCGAUUCGGUAUUUACUGCGUGUCGUUCACAUUGAUGACGAUUCGCCGAAUCAUUCUUCAGUUUCCGUUUGCGGGGAUGAUUCGAUGGAUGCGCGGUGUCUACAGCAGCCUCGACAGCAUGGAAAUCUACAACAUCGGUUCGCAAGCCAAAGAGAACAUCACAAUCAUCUACAUUGCUCCGCGAUCAAGUUCGAGCUUCUGGGGUGAAGUGAAUUGGAGUGAUAGCCCAAACGGGAAAGACUCACGGCAAGACGGUGUUCCCAACGGGAACUCGAUAUCGUUGCGGACGAUCUCGAUUGGACAGUUUUUUGUAAGUUUGGUACGCGGUGAAAUGGUGCCGUUCAUACAGCCGGAUGAGAGCGUGCAUCGAAGGAUGGAAUAAACCUCAGUCAAUGCAGAACAUAUCAAAA